AUGCAAUGCUUUUGGCAUUACUAUACAACAAUAUUACUACUAAUUAAAGUAUUAAUUACUAAAAGUAUUGCAUCAAUGAUUUGUCCUAAUGGUUAUGCAAAUAACGAAUUUUAUAGUUUACUUUAUGGCUUAGGCUAUGGUACAUUGGCUCAAAUCUGUCCACCUGAUAAUUUCUUUUUCUCAUAUAUAUGUUGUGAUCAAGGAUACUUUGAAUGUUGUAUAAGAUUCGAAUUAUGGUUUAUAAUAUUGAUGAUAAUAAUAUUAAUUUCGAUUUCGUUUUGCUCUUUUUGCUUCCUGUUUGCUGGCAUUCUAUACGUAAGACAAAAAAUGAAAAUGUAA